CCAAUUGAUAGAUGCUCUGGCGCUAUCUUUCCUCCUGCUGGUUCGAGCGCAGCGCCGGCGGGAGCUUGAUUUAUCCACCUUCCUAUUAUCCUCCAAGAUGCUCGUUCCCCACAGCUACCCAUGCUGUGAUCCGUGUCAAACUAUCCAUGCCAUCAUCGUGCCUGGCAUGGUGCUACUCUGAUGUAUAAAUAAUAACAACUCAAUCGCCACUUUUUUUCGUUUUCCUUACCGACCCGACUUUGCUCUCUGCUCUGUUGCUGUUGUUCAUCGACAAUCAUGCGUCUGUCAACUCUUCUCGUAGGAGCGCUCCUCGGCCUCCAGGCUUCCGCCUUAGGCCGAACCCCAACCAUAAGAGAGUUGAGGGCCAAAAAAGAGGAAGUCAAAGCUCGUCGUAUCUCCAGAGCAUCCACGUCACUGGCAAAGCGCGACACUGACCCGGAGGAUCUCUACGAAGGGCACAACCUCACCGUACCCCUAGACUUCUUCCCCAAUGAAACUCGAUACGAACCGCACACCAACGCUACGUUCAACUUGCGAUACUUUUUUGAUGCUCAGUAUUACAAGCCCGGUGGUCCUGUAUUUGUUUUGCUUUCCGGAGAGACUAGCGCCGUCAACAGGUUGGGCUUCCUACAGAAAGGCAUCGUGAACCAAGUCGCCAAAGCCACCAACGGCAUCGGCGUUAUUCUGGAGCAUCGUUAUUAUGGCACUUCUCACCCGUUCCUUAAUGUUUCUACGGAAAAUUUGAGGUUCCUCUCCACCGAGCAGAGUCUCGCUGAGAUCGAUUACUUUGCCAGAAACGUAGAGUUUGAGGGCGUCGACGCAGACCUCACCGCUCCGAACACUCCAUGGAUCAUCUAUGGCGGCUCGUAUGCUGGUGCCCAAGCUGCGUUUCUCCGGGUUGCAUACCCCGAUACUUUCCUAGGCACAAUUUCAAGUUCGGGAGUCACUGCCGCCAUCUACGAAUACUGGGAGUACUUCGAACCAAUCCGCCUGUUCGCUCCACCAGAUUGUGUGGCUGGAACGCAGACUCUGAUCGACGUCAUUGACGGCAUCCUAAUCAGGCAAAAUAGCACAGAGCUCGUUCAGCAGCUCAAAGACGUUUUUGGCUUUGGGAGUGUUACCGACAAUCGCGAUUUCGCAUACAUCUUUGGUGGAGUUCCAGGCUGGCAGAGCACUAACUGGGAUCCGGAGCUCAACUCGCCAACGACGUUCAACUAUUGCGGCAACAUCUCCGCUACCACCCUGCUAGAUUCGGCAUACGAGUCCAAGCGUUCUACGGUGCAGACACUAGUAUCUGCAGCAGGCUAUCCGGCCAAUAGUACCGCUGUGGAAAACGUCAUUCUAAACAGCAUCGCUUACUAUGGCGGCUCGUCGUUGGCUGCUUGGGAAGAAUCGGGCGAGUCCCAGGAUCAGUACUUCACUCAGCUGAACGAUACAUAUUGGCAAGAGGUGGAUCUCGAUGCGGCAGAAACAUGGCGAAGCUGGAACUACCAGGUCUGUACGGAAUGGGGCUACAUCCAGACCGGCAACACUCCUGAAGACAUCAAGCCCUUGAUCUCUCGCGCCGCUGACCUGGAAUAUCUCACGUACUUCUGCCGCUCGUCAUUCAACAUCACAACCCCACCCAAGGUCGAGAAUGUCAACAAAUACGGGAGUUUCGAUAUCGAGGCUCCUCGUCUGGCAAUCAUCGGUGGUAACGCCGACCCCUGGAAGAUGGCCACUCCUCUCAGGGACGGACCUCAGACUCGAAACUCUACGACGGAAAAGCCUUGGCUAGAAAUCGCACACGGAGUUCAUCAUUGGGAAGAGAAUGGUAUCUUCGAUAAUGAGACCACUCCCACGUUACCGCCUAACCAGGUUGUGUACGCACAGCAGUUCCUCAAGAACUUUGUCAUUGACUGGAUCAGAGAAUUUGAAGGUGCGGGCAGCGAGACAACUGAGCUUUGA